AUGCUGAAGAUCACCAUCUGUUUGUUGGCCUUGGCCGCCGGAGCGUGGGGCGCCAGCAUUGGUGGCCAGGUGGUGAGCAGCACCACCGAGAAGCGCGAAAUAGUGCCACUGCUGAGGUUCGAGACGGAGAAGAACCCGGACGGCUCCUUCCACUUCGAAUACGAGGGCGGCGACCAGUCGUACCGCCAGGAGCAGGGACAACUCCAGAAUGCCGGCACCGAGGAUGAGGCCUUGGAGGUCUCUGGCUCGUAUCGCUACAUUGAUGCCGAGGGCAACACUGUGGAGGUUCACUACACGGCGGGCAGGAACGGCUUCGUGCCCAUUGGCACCAUCAUUCCCAAGGAGAUCACAGCCGUGGCCCAGGCUGCCGCCGAUCUUCCAAACAUCUCCGAAGAGGAGGAGCUCAGGCUGAAGCAUCGCAAGGCCCGCUCCCAGGAGGCUGUUGUUGAGAAGGAGUCUGUUCUGGAGAAGGAGUCUGCUGCUGUGUCGGAGAAGAAGUCUGUGGUGGAGAAAGAGGCUGUAGCUGAAAAGAAGGAUCAAUUGCCCGCUGAUUCCCAAGUUGUGCCCGUGCAGGUCGUUCUCGACGCCCAGCCCAAGUCCAAGCCAGAGGCGGAGCCCAAGAAGGCUGAGACCAAGACUGCCUAA